AAUUGGAAUAUGAACAAAGUCGUAGGGAGUAUGCCCAACGGCCCGAAUAUCAAACUUUGACAGUAGGACAAGUCGUGGGCGGUGGUAUCAAACUAGACUCAAGGAAGAAACACUCCAACAAUGAGCUAGAGGACUAUUUUGGUAGAGAUGAAUAUAACGAAAAAUAUGGAAGUGCUAACAACGGUCGCAUAGUUCAAAAUUGCAAAAACAUAGACUUGAGUUAUAGGACCAAUUUUGACACAGUGUGGGGUUGGUGUUGGACACUAAUGCUUGAGGAACCCAGAGCUUAUGCCGUCUUGGGUAGUUGGCCCACUGUAGGAAAAAUUUUUGAGUUUUGUCAAACAAACAAGGUUAGAAUGGCUAAAACCGUUGUAUUUAAGGAGAACAGAGAAGAGGACAAAGAAAAGGCAUCGAGAGUCCAUUUAUUUUCUCCCCAAAUGCCAAUGAUGGGCACAGAGAUGGAUAUGUCUGUAUUUGUGUCUAAAUAUUGGAGUUUCAAAGCCGGAGGUUUGUUAGGAAAGGAACGAACAAUUUCACCAAUGUCCACUUUUCUCAUCAACACUGGCACUUUUGAACAUGUGCGAAAUGAUGGAAGUGUUGUAGAUAGAGUGAGAACUAAAUUCAUGCAAGGUUAUAAUAAAUACGAGGUUGAGUACGGUUGCUACAGGGGGAUGGAUACUCUCGAAGGUAACGCUAAACGUAAUAUUUGGAGAGAGGAAGGUGUCCCUAAGUUGGAUUUACCAAGUGUACAUCCCACUUUGGACGGACGUAGAAAAUUGUAUGUUGCUGGUGCUAUGCAACAUUGGGGAAAUUUAGCUACUGGGCAACACGUCCGUUUUCCUGCAGCUUGCUCAACACAAAGUAUGCCCUUUGAUCAAGAUCUUGAGUUACCAAGAGGACGUUUACCGAUUAAGGACGGGAUGAGGAAAGAAUACACCCCACCUAGUGAGACUAACAACAGCCCUUGGUCUUCUCCACUUUGGCACCAGGAAGAAUCAGAACCGGAUUACUUCCACCGCUUAGACAACCAAAGGAAGGCUGAGUCGUUGUACGCUACAUACUUAUGUGAUGUAUACAACAAUAAGGGAGAAACAAGUGCUAAAACAUUCAAACCAUCAGGGGGUAAGCAAUUGAAGAAAUAUCACUGCUUUCCAUAUAGGAGAGUGGGUGGUGGUAGUAUUAAAAUAGAAAGCGAUUCGUCCGUUGAAAGUGGCUACGAGAGUGAAGAGGAAUUCAUCCGCGUGGAAGUCAAGAAGCAGAGGAAGCCAAAGUCAGUAUUGUGUAGACAGUACCGAUAUGGUGGUGUAAGCUAUAAGGUCGUAGUACCAGGUAAGAAACCAAAGAAUAAGGUUCGAAAAGCCCAACACCCUGGGCAACAAGAAAGUUCUAAGGUUUCUAGCCAGGUGGACAGCGAUUUUAAAACCAAACGUAAAGAAAGGAAGAAAAGGUUCCAGGAGCUCAACGAAACUCAGCGAUUGAAUCGCAGAUUAGGCACCGCCGGAUAUUGUUAUACUAGGAUCUUUAAACAUCCCACAUGGGAUAUCAUUAAGGAGCUCGGAAAGUGGCCAACAGUUGCUGAAUUAGAAGACUUCGUAUAUUAUAGAAGUUCAAUUGAUGUGUUGGUUAAGGAAAAAGUGCAUGUACAAAUAAAUAAAAUGAGUCACGUAAAAGGAAAGUAUAUUAUCACCUCUGUACACCUACUUGAACAACCCAUUGAUAAGCAAACAACGACUAUGGAAAUUAAGGAAUUUCUCACGAUGGAUAAGGAUCUCAGGGUUGGAGGAUCUGUUGAGGAGGAAAGCAUAUUGGACAAUGGUGAUAGUGGUAUUUCCAUUUCUUCUGAUCGAAAGACGACUGAUGAGAGUACCUUAGCCCAACACCCUGGGCAAAAACUUAUUGAUUUCAGUUCGUCAACCAGUUCAGGGGAUAGUGGAGACAAUUUCACUAUAGAUAAUGUAGGCGUUUUCACUGGUGGGUUAGCGGUUAAUUUUAAGAUUUGUCAAUCUUGUAACUACGAAUUCAAAGAUGUAAAAGAUCGCGAAGAACAUAUCCAAUCCCGGCUUUGUCUUGGCCAUCUAGAUUAUGUUCCGGAAGCUUUACCUGUCGAUGUCGAAGUUAAGGUGCAAACAUUGAUAGAGACUGAGAAGCAAGGAGUUGAGGAAAUUGAGAAACAAACCAAGAGCAAGCUACCUGAAACAUCUGGGGUUAGGUGUGUGGUAGAUAAAGAAGAUCCUUUUAUGUUUGAGAUCUAUAAGAAUCUAGGCGAAGAACCAGUAGACUACGCAAAAUAUGUACCACAGUCCGUGUUAGAAUACAGGGAUCAUCUAGUAACUAGUAGAGAGUCCUUCUCAUUUGCGAGAGAACCCAAGUACCUGUAUACCAACAAGGAAGGGAAGAAGAUUUACAAAGUGCGAGUGAAUAAAUAUGCUGCUCUAAGUGUUUUACCAGAGCGACACCCAUAUCCCUACGCUAAGUUGGAAGACAGUUGCGUUCAGUGGAUACAAAUCUACGUAGAUGAUUGUCGGAAACAUUUGUCUACCUGUGUCCAAAAGAGAGAAUAUGAUGCGGGUAUUAAACAGAAACAUGCAUGUGGUCUAUGUAUUUUGGCUUUCAGGUCCCUAGAUAUAUAUAGGAGAUAUGAUGGAAAUAAGUAUGGAAUUGAUUGUGCUGCCCGAAGAAUGUAUCAUGUUCCCACUUUUCAAGGCGUUAUUGACGCAGAUGCCGCUAGCGGAAAAACAACGUUGAUCCAAACACAUUUGAAGAACGGAGAUAUGGUAAUUGUAGCUACAUCACUACAGGUCCGUCGUUAUGCAAAUUUUGCACACGAAAAGGGGCUUAAGAUCACAGUCACUACGUUCCAGAGCUUGAUGGCUAAUUUUGGAGACUAUGAUGUUCGCAACAUCUAUGUAGAGGAAUACAAGAUGAUGCCUUUCGGAUUUCUGCAGAUGGUCAAAUACAUAAGACAUAUGGGUAUUAUCUGGUUUGUAGGAGACUCGAAACAAGUCACGUGGAAGAAUUUCUCUACCAAGGAUGCAACCUACCAACGUGGAAAUAUCGAGAGCAACAUCAACAUUUCUAUGUGUAUGAAUUUUAGAAGCUUAAGCUCCAUAGUAGCUUUUAACAAUCUAGUAUUUGGUACCGAAUCAAUAGCAGCUAGAACUGAAGAUAUGAAAGAAGGAGAGGUAACUGAUAUGAGUGACACUAUUAAGGUCGUAAUGGAUAAUGAUAAACCUGGCGAUACAUUUGCAUCUGAGUUAGUGGAAACUGAGGGGAAAAUGGACAAAAUCCUAUUAGCUAUAAACAAGCGCAAUUUAGAAGAGAAGCACUAUUCCCAUGUCCACCCCAGUCGCAAAUUCAAAGUGCACUCUUUUCAGGGUAUGGAAGCUGACGUUGUGUGGUUCGUCCACUAUGAAGGUAAAAACGCGUGGCAUUGGAAGCCGUUUCAGAAAGGGGUUGAAUACUUCUAUUCCGGAUGUACAAGGGCUAGGAAUUUCUUAUAUUUACAAUUUCCAUUUGGGUCGCGCAUACAGAAGAUGGUUUCCGAAAUCACUUCUAAAGAUAUUUGUAUCAACCAAAUGGAAAUGGAACACUUUGACCGUAUUAAAGUGAAGCCCAGGCAUACACCUGAAGACAUGUUUGAUGGCGCUUGGGAGAUUUUCUUAGAUGGACACCGCAUUGAGGAGCCAACUGUGAAGGUAGAAGAUUAUUUGGAACAAGCAGAAUCCUUAGACAAGUUCGUGUCUAAAGGGAGUGGUAGUUGGGAAUCAAAAGUUUCCGGACCCCAAAGUGUUACCUUAGCCCAACACCCUGGGCAACAAAAACCAAAGGGAAGGAAAUUAAGGACCCCAACACUGCCAACUAAUGAAUAUAGAGAAGUUUCCACUGACAAGAUUAAGGUGGGAGAGCGAUUAGAAUUCACUGAUGAUGUCGGGAGGAAACACGUUAUAUUUAAUGGCGUGCACUCAGUGUACGACGUCGUUAAAGAAGAUAAGAAGUUGGAUGAGGAAAACCGAAGGAAAGCAUAUAAUCAACGCGAGGUUCAGGCGAGUGUUCUCAAUGCGAAUAAGCAAAAACAGAAAAGGCACGACCCUGGCACAUCAAGCUUACAUAAGCCGAUAGACGGCACUUUCGAUCCCAAUCUCCAUCAAGACCUAAUUAAGUCGUUAACAGGACACCCAGAGUUGACGGCAGAAAGCCGGGCAGAGUUAAGGAAAAUGGGUAAGUUGAGGUAUGACGGAUUGAUAUUUACUCUGGAACACUUCAAGGAGUAUGUUGGAGAGAAGGCGUGUCUUUGGAAUGCUUUGGUUAGAACUCUAAAGAGAUUGUCGAAUUCCACUAAAAGACAAGAGCGUAACAUCGCUUACUCACUUUUUGAGGGUAUGGUGGUGUAUCACGACGAUAUCAUUUAUGGCAAAUUGGUAGAAGACGUAGCCCUGAACGUCAACGUAAAGGUACAUUUCGGUAAAUCAAUAAAUCAUGUUGAAGAAAAUCUUGCCGACUUGUCUAAAGAUGAUAGAGUCUACGAGACCAAAACGUUAAGGAAAUUAUAUAGCGAAGAUAAGGAUCGUAAAUAUUUUGGUGACGAACCCCGCAACCUAAUGACUCAAUCGCAAAUGUUUAAUGCCUUCUUAUCGAAGCGUUAUGAGAAUGAAAAACCUCACGAGCAUAGGAAAGUAGAAGUCUCGUUAGCCAAAGGCUUCGGAAACACGCCUAAGGAAGCAAAGAUCACAAAAUUAUUUUGGUUUGAUAUUGACCAAACGCCUGAAUUUUUGAGGAAAUACAAGGAGGGAAAGGAGAGACAAACUAGGAAAAUGAUGGAAGCUGCCAAGAAGCAACAAAUUGUAGAAAUUCAAUCAAUUACCAGCGAGUGUCCGUGUGGCAAAGAUGCAAGAUGGAUGGUAGAAUGUGGUUGUGGAUCAGAAUAUUACUCAUGUGGAGAAUUGGACAGUAAUGGUGGCGUUUGUGGUAGAGCUAGGAAAUAUCGCUGUUCGGACCAAGAUUGUUUAGAUAUAAUACCAUUUAAUGACUGGGUGCGAAUUACAAAGUCAGUGGUUUCAGCUAAGACAAACGUCGAAGAUAGAGAUCUGAUGUCAGAAGUCAUUGACCUUAAUGAUGAGUUGCCCAGAUGGGAAACGCAUGCACAAUGUUAUGGAUGCCUUAAGGAAUUCCCAAAGGUUUCAGGUUAUAUGUCUAAAAACGAGAAGUGGUAUUGUAGUUUAGACUGCAAGGCCGGAAGAAAUCCAAAGAUCUAUGCUCAGGAACCAGCGGAGGAAACACCAAUAGUUAUGAAGGUCAAACCGCUGAAUUACGAACAAGAAUUCCCAGUUUUAAGAAGAACCAUUUCCAAAAGUGCACUCGUGCACAAAGGAGAUGACUCUGCUCAAAGCUCAGUGUCAUCUAAGACCCUAGUGGAAUCGAAGGAAGAGAUCAAGGGUUCAGAAAUUAUGGCCACCAAAGCGCCAAUACUUGACUUU